AUGCUCGACAAGAAAGUCGAGAACCUGGAGCGUCAGAUUGAGGCGCUCCGUGGCAGGAAGACAGGACGCGAUGGUGACUUCGAGUUCACCACGAGGUCCCCCUUCUCCCAGCAAAUUGAAGAAGAGCCGGUCCCACCAAGGUUCAAGAUGCCUCAGGUGGAGCCCUACAACGGCAGGACCGACCCCCUUGACCAUCUGGAAAGCUACCGGGCCUUAAUGGCCUUGCAAGGAGCCUCGGAGGCUCUACUUUGUAAGGCCUUUCCAGCGACACUUCGAGGAGCAGCCUGGCUCUGGUUUACUGGGCUAAAGCCUAGCACCAUUUCCUCCUUCGAACAGCUCGGCAGGCAGUUCGCCAGCACUUUUGCUGCCAGCCGACCUCAGCGGCGGACCUCUGACUCCCUCCUCGACAUAAAACAAAAGGAGGGAGAGUCUCUCAGGGAGUACCUGGACCGUUUCACUGCUGCAACAUGGGAAGUCCGGGAGCUUGACCAGUCAAUCGCCAUGUCAGCACUGAAGACGGGGGCCCGGUCUUAUAGAUUCCUCUUCUCCAUCGAGAAGAACUUUCCCGCUGACCUCACAGAGAUGUUGGUUCGGGCGCGCAAGUACGCAAAGGCCGAAGAAGCGGUGGCUUCCAGGCGGAGCGGGGCCGAGCAGACCUCUAAGAAGCAGAAAAGGCGUCGCGAGGACCGAGGCCGCCCUGGAAGCCCGUCCCCGCGCCGAGCCGAGAACCCGCCUCGUCUGAGGCACCUGCCCCGGCUGCAAGGACCGCCUCGACAAAGGUCCCCUUCUCGCCCGAGGCCGCCAUAA